AUGUAUCGUCAAUCAUUACAAAGAUUAGCCAUCAGAAGUCAAUCCACUGUUGCUAAGUCUGUUCCAAGACCAUUAUCCAAUGCCUAUGUUUCCAAAUUAGAAUCAAGAUGGACAGCAUUACCAAAGGAAGAUCAAACUUCAUUAAUUGAAAGUUUGAAAUCAAGAAUGGAAUUACCAUGGCAAGAAUUGACUCCUGCUGAAAAGAAAGCAUCAUAUUAUAUUUCCUUCGGUGAAUGGGGUCCAAGAAAGCCUUUAUAUGGUCCUGGUGAUCAAGCUAAAGUUGUUUAUGGUGUAGUUGGUGGUAUUGUUGUUUCUAUUGUUAUAUUCGCUGGUAUUAGAUCUGUUGCUCCAGCUUCACCAACAACUCUUAACAGACAAUGGCAAGAAGCUUCUGAUGAAUAUCUUAAAUCCAAGAAUGCCAAUCCUUUCAGUGGUUAUUCUCAAAUUCAAUAG